CGUACUAACGUCGACAUUCGGGUUUUUUAGGGUUCCAUAUAUAAAUCGGUACAUCAUCACAGUUCGCCUUGUCGUCGCAUCGCUUCCCUGCAUUGCUGCUAUCGCAACUUGAGGAGAAGCCGACGGAGCUAUGGUGCACGUUAAUUUCUACAGAAACUAUGGAAAGACUUUUAAGAAGCCGCGUCGUCCAUAUGAAAAGGAACGUCUGGACGCGGAGCUGAAGCUUGUUGGGGAAUAUGGGCUCCGCUGUAAGAGGGAGUUGUGGAGGGUUCAGUAUGCACUAAGCCGUAUCCGUAAUGCUGCAAGAAUGCUUCUUACCCUGGAUGAGAAAAAUACACGCCGUAUCUUUGAGGGUGAAGCUCUUCUUCGUAGGAUGAACAGAUUUGGGCUCCUGGAUGAAAGUCAGAACAAGCUUGAUUAUGUCUUGGCCCUUACCGUUGAGAACUUCCUUGAGCGUCGCCUUCAAACGCUCGUGUUCAAGUCCGGCAUGGCAAAGUCAAUUCACCAUGCCCGUGUGCUCAUCAGGCAACGACAUAUCAGGGUGGGGAGACAGGUUGUCAACAUACCAUCUUUCAUGGUGAGGGUUGAUUCCCAGAAGCACAUUGACUUCUCUCUGACAAGUCCAUUCGGUGGUGGCCGUGCCGGUAGAGUUAAGCGAAAGAACAUGAAGGCUGCUGCCAAGAAAGCUGCUGGAGGAGACGGUGAUGAAGAGGAUGAGGAGUAAACAUGAAUGAAGGCUACUGCCAAACAAGCUGAUGGGGUGGUUUUAUUUUGGGCUUCUAUCUCUAGAACAAGUUUUUUUGUUUCAUUAUAUUAUUUUGUAGUGGAUAUUAUUAUGUCUUAUGUCUCUUAUCUGUUAUGGAUUGGGUUACAACAAUGCUGUUUGAGCUAAGAUAGGUUCCUUUUGAUGAUGACAUUUGUGAAUUUGAUUUCUCUGUGCAUGAGAAAACCAUGAAUCUUUGUCUUGAUGACC